AUGCUUUCAGAAAGUAGAAGAGUGCGACAACACAGAUCCACAGGUUUCUGCUUUAUCGUUGCCGUCAACUGCGCGCCAGGCGGCUCCGGUCCCGGGACUUCCACCAAACCGUCAUAUUCCAGGAGCUUGGAAACAUCCCUUCGUAAUGAGCUGUUCACCCUGGGGUCAUAUUCUGAAUUACAGAGACCCCAGGAGAGGAUGAGUGUCAAAGUCUCUUUAACAGUACUCACCGUCAAUGACCUGGACAUAAAGAACCAAGUUAUGUCCGUGUCCGGAUAUCUAUCACUGAGUUGGUUUGACGAAAGACUUUCUUGGGACAAUACCUCGGCCACCUCUCAAGACUACACUAAUAUCAGAUUUCUGUUCAGUACCGAGACUUAUGUAUGGCGCCCAGCUAUCAUAAUAGAGAAUUCAGUACAAGACAUUUCUGUAAUCAGCGAUAAGAACAUUCCCAUGAGGAUAAUGAGUACUGGAUAUAUCACGUGGAAUCCAGCGGGAAUAUACCUUGUGGCCUGUAGCUGCGACAUAACCUACUACCCGCUUGACGAGCAAACAUGUACUAUCAAAGUCAGCACGUGGGGCUACACAAGCAACGAAAUCAGUCUUCAAUUUGACAAUCCAGCGGUUGACAUGAGUUUUUACAGUGAAAAUGGAGAAUGGUUGCUCACAGAUGCAGCGGGAGAAAAUACUAAAGAGAUGUCUCGUGGUGGACAAACAUUUUCGAGUCUCACGUUCAGUAUUACGUUAAAGAGAAGACCUAUGUUUCAUGCUCUCAACACUAUGGUUCCAGUGGCUCUAAUGGCGUUCCUUAUUCCAAUGGUAUUUAAACUCCCGGUGGACUCCGGAGAGAAAAUCGGAUACUCUCUUACCGUAUUGCUGGCUUAUGCUGUUUACUUGACCCUGAUUUCAGACAAUAUUCCCAGUACCUCUGUGUCCGUCUGCUACCUCAGUAAGAAUUUGACUUAUUGA